CGUUCACUGUUGAGUAGUGAUGAAGAAACCGAGCGCUGCUUUUUUUAAAAAUAUUAACUAUUGUGAUCGAAACUUGAUUUUUAGUCUCCCUUAAAAGUGUAAUGAGGGCAUUUACAAACCACCUGCAAGUACAUUCAAAGUGUAAUGAAUACCAGAUAUAAAACAAACAAGUGCUUGUCAUCUGUAAAUAUAUUUUAUUCAGGACAGAGCUACUGAGAUCCAUGUGACACCGUUAUAAAGAUGGAGUUUCUGAAAGUGGAGCUUGAAGACGCGUUCACGGUCGAGCCAGAAGAUACUGAGACCCAGCUGAAGAUGGUGUUCAUUAAAGAGGAGAGUACAGACGUGAAGAUCGAAGAAGCGUUCAUCAAGCAGGAGGAAGCCGAGGAACAAAUCAAGACCGCGUUCAUCAAAGAGGAGCGUGAAGAAACUUUCAGAGUCAAACUUGAAGAUGCUGAAGAACCAACAGACUCAACAGUGCUGAAAGAGGAGCAGGAAGAAACUGAAGAGAAAUAUCAGUAUGAGAACCCUCAUGAUUUCCUAGAAAAAUCAUUUAGUAGUUUACAGUCUGAAAAGAGUUCCACACAAAAAAGGGAUGGGAUUCGUUUCCCCUGCUUUCAGUGUGGAAAGAGUUUUAGUCGUAAGGCAACCCUCAAAAGCCACAUGAAAACUCACCCUGAAGAGAAUAUGUUCACCUGCACACACUGUGGAAAAAGUUUCGGCACAAAAUUGAAACUGAAAUACCACACGAAAGUUCACAACGGAAACAAACCCUUCACGUGCAAACAGUGUGGAAGGAGCUUCACUCAGAAAGGAAGCCUUAAGAAGCACAUGGCCAUUCACACUGGAAAGAGGCCUUACGCGUGCCCUCAGUGUGGAAAGAGCUUCAGUCAAAAGGGAGGCCUCAAGAAGCACAUCUCAACUCACACAGGGGAGAAGCCGUUCACAUGCCCUCGGUGCGGAAAGAGUUUCAGCCAAAAGGGAGGCCUUAAGAUCCACAUGAGGAUUCACACCGGAGAGAAGCCGUUCACAUGCCCUCAGUGCGGAAAGAGUUUUAGUCAAAAGGAAGGUCUUAAGAAGCACGUGACGAUUCACACCGGAGAGAAGCCUUACGCGUGCCCUCGGUGCGGAAAGAGCUUCAGUCAGCGAGGAAGCCUCGAGGGCCACAUGAGAGUUCACACCGGAGAGAAGCCGUUCACAUGCACUCACUGCUUGAAGAGUUUCAGUCACUCCGGAUCCCUUAGAUACCACAUCAUGAAAGUUUGCAAUAAAGAGAAGCCCGACAGAUCCCCCCAGUGUGGAAAGAGUUCCGGUCAAAGUGGAAAACACGGGGCGCUUCAAGCCGAGAACAAGCCUUUCACGUGCAAACAGUGUGGAAAGAGUUUCACUCAAAAAGGAAACCUCAACAAGCACGUGACCAUUCACACCGGAGAGAAGCCGUUCACGUGCAAACAGUGCGGAAAGGGAUUCACUCAAAAAGGAGGCCUUAAUAUGCACAUGAGGAUUCACACCGGGGAGAAACCUUUUACGUGCGAUCAGUGCGGGAAGAGUUACCCUCGAAAAGGAGGCCUCAAGAUACACAUGAGAACUCACACCGGGGAGAAGCCUUUCGCUUGCAAACAGUGUGGAAAGAGUUUCAGUCAGCGAGGCAGCCUUGACAUGCACAUUGAAAUUCACAACCGAGAGAAGCCUAAAGGAAAAACUGAAGAACGAACUGAACUGAAAUGACUUGUCUUUUUAAACUAAAUCGGGCUUCUGUAAAGCAGACUCUUUGGGGAGUUAGUUUUGAAUUCUAAACACCUUUGAGCUACCGAGGCGGUUAGUGUGGGUGUGUUCUGAAACUCCACCUUCUUUUGACGCGGGAUUUAUUUUUCCCUGUUUGUUUCAGGCAAAACGGCAACGUCUCCGAUUCAUUAUAUGCAUAGUGUGCUGCCACAGAUAUAUCUGCACCUGUAUGAUUGCUAACGAAAGCAGUUAGUUUCUACGAAGAAAUUACAACGGCGCUUGUGUCGAUGGCCCGCCGUAGAUUUGUAGUUAUGCAAAAAGCAACAGAAACAUCAGAUGCAAGUUUUCCAAAACGAUGGUAGCAAGUACCAAAUGCAUCCGUUUGAAAUAAAUACUGCUGCUGCUAGUGUUCUUCAUUCAAGGAGAAUUUAAAAGCCAUGUUUAGAUGAACGUAAACCCCGCCUCCAGCAGCGCCGGAGGGUCAGAAUGUUCGGAAACGGUAUUAUCGUCGCUCAGCCUUUCCAAGCGUCUUUUUGCCCUCAAACAAAGAACGAAACAACUUUUUUUGACGUAUAUCGAGGCCUUAACAGAUCCCCCUCAGUGUGAAGUUUCAGUAAACGAAUAUAAAACUGUUCCGGUUCUUGAUUCUGAUUGGCUGAGCCACAUUUUAAACCGCUCUACAAACAUACACCUCUUUGUUGUCCGUGUGUUGUUCGGCAACCACAACCCUUUCUGAAGAACUAAGUAUGUGGGAUAACUAUUUUAUAAAAGCAAUAUACCUUUCAAAUUACAUUAAAUGACAGAAUAUUAAGUGCAAGUAGCUGUGUAACGGACUCAGUCUGUAACGUGUAACAGUAGCUGUCUGUUACAUUCACAUAAUUAUCAACUUGGUUAGCAAAAGUAUUAUGUAUUAUGACACCUUAAAAUAAAGUGUUACCAAAAUUUGGAUGGUAGAUUACAAUCAUUUAAUUAUGGUUACAUGCACAGAAGAAAUCGGCCUCCUGCUGUAAAACUCAAUGACGAAAGCAAGGAUUUGGGAAUAAAUGCAAUGCAGUGUUGGUGUCUACUCUGAAAUGUGUCGCUAACAUUUGGUGAUGUUGUUAUCGAAGUUGAACAUUAGUACAAUCAAACUAAAUAUUUCUACCUUGUUUUGCCAGCGUUUUAUAAAACCAAAAAUAUUGUCAGAAAUGAAUGCGUGUUACUGGUUACAUCGCAGCUCAAAGUCUUUUUGCCUACAGAACUGAUCGCAGACCCAGCGCUUCUCUGAACGUGAACUCGUAUAUUCAGAUGUCCCUAUGAGUCCCAUCAUUAUUUGCUUUGCUGUACCCUACUGUAAGCAUAUUCUAAUUUAGCGGCCACUGUCUCUGUAAAGUUAACCAAUUUGUUUUAUUUGUUUUGUAUUUCUGCGCAACCCCUCAUGAUACCGACUUAACUGUUGAUUGUUCAUGUUUUAAAGUAGCCAUUUGCCCAGUUUUUAAAUAAACAUGAGUUACUA